AUGACGAGGGCAUUGCUAGAUAACUGGGUUGUGAUGAGCGUGCCUGAUGCUCGUGAGCUAGUUGACGGAACAACCGCAUACGCUCCGGUCCAGGGAUCUCAGCCGGUUCAAUAUGUUCAAAAGGCCGCGACUGCGCAGCUCUUGGACCGUGUAGCCAAGGCCAACGAAGCCGUUCUGUCCAAGCUCCAUGUUUCCCGCCAGCAUCCAGAACUUAAAUCAACCUUUGACCCUAAAAUGUCUCUUCAGGACCUGGCGAUCGUUGGCUCGGAACAGCCAGAUGUCGCAUGGCCUGCUUUCCGAGCGCUCUGGAGCGAAUUGACGGCAACAAGCGCUACCAAAAUACCCACCGGCGGCUUCCAACCAUUCAAACCCCGGCCCCCAAUGUUGAUUACAGUGGAUGGCAUUUCACACUGGAUGCAAACUACGAAAUACUUCAGCCCGGAAUUCAAGCCUAUCCAUGCGCAUGAUUUCGUCUUCAUUAAUCACUUCCUCUCUCUCUGCUCAAACCCAGCCUCCUCGAUGCCCAAUGGCGGCGUUGCUCUCUUCGCAACAUCCUUCUCUAACAACCCUUCUGUCCGCACUUUUGACGUUGGACUCGCGGAGCUCCAUUACCGCUGCCAUGGGCAGCCCCUCGAUCCACACAGAAUUCCAACUCCUGGGCCAUACGAGACGCUGGACCCACGCACACGUUAG